UAAAAACGUCAAAGAGGUUAUAAGUUUAUGUUUAAACAUUUUUAAAUAACAAUAAAUUUAAUAAAUAUCGUGUGGUGUAAAUUAAUCCAAAAUGGGGAAAAGACAGCACCAAAAAGAUAAAAUGUAUUUAACUUACACAGAAUGGACAACGUUAUAUGGUGGAAAGAAAAGUAAAAACGAAAAUGAUACCAGUUCCUUUAGGAGAUUACCUUUUGAUCAUUGCUGCUUAUCCUUACAACCAUUUGAAACCCCUUACUGCGACAGACAUGGAAAUAUAUUCGACCUACAAGCCCUUAUACCUUUUCUUAAGAAGUUUAAAAUAAACCCUGUUACAGGUCAACCACUGGACGUCAAGUCUUUGACUAAAUUAAACAUAUUCAAAGAUGCAGAAGGAGACUAUCAUUGUCCAGUUUUAUUCAAAAACUUUACAAACAGCACCCACAUAGCAGCUAUAGCUACCACAGGAAAUGUUUUUUCAAUGGAAGCAAUUGAAGAACUUAAUAUCAAAAACAAAAACUGGAAGGAUCUGAUUACGGAUCAGCUAUUUGACAGAAAAGAUAUAAUAGUCUUACAGGAUCCAAACAACUUGCAAAAAUUUAAUAUUUCUUUAUUUCAUCAUGUUAAAAACAACCUUAGAGUAGAGACUGAGGAAGAGCUUUUGGAAAAAUCUGAUCCUCAAGCACGUAUUAAUAAAAUGAAUACAGAAACCAGGCAUACAUUAGAAGAACUAGAAAGGGACUAUGUUGAGCCUACAAUCAAAAUUCAUCCUGCCAACAAAGUCUCAGAGAAAGCAGACAAGUUUAAUGCUGCCCAUUAUUCAACCGGGGCUGUCGCUGCUGGAUUUACAUCAACUGUAAUGGAACCAGUAUUAACCCAUGAAGCAGCCAUUAAGCAUGAAGAUGUUGUAAGAUAUGAAAGGGUUAAAAAAAAGGGAUAUGUGCGUUUAGUAACAAAUUUAGGUUUCCUCAAUUUGGAAUUGUACUGUGAUGUUGUUCCAAAGACCUGUGAAAACUUCAUUAAACACUGCGAAAAUGGUUAUUAUAAUGGCACAAAGUUUUUCAGGUCGAUAAGGAACUUUAUUAUACAGGGUGGCGACCCCACGAACACAGGCAAAGGGGGCGAAUCGAUAUGGAACACGAAAUUCGAAGACGAAUUCAAACCCAAUCUACUACAUACGGGAAGAGGGGUCCUUUCCAUGGCCAAUUCAGGACCAAACACCAAUGGAUCUCAAUUUUUCAUUACCUAUCGUUCCUGUAAACAUUUGGACAACAAACACACAGUUUUUGGUAAAGUUGUUGGAGGAGUAGAAACAUUAAAUGAAAUGGAAAGAAUAGAAGUGGACAAUAAAGACAGGCCAAUUGAAGAUAUUGUUUUAUUGAAUGCUCAAGUCUUUGUAAAUCCUUACGAUGAGGCCGAUGAACAGCUUGCUAAAGAGAGGGAGGUGCAAGCUGCUGUUGAUAAAAUAGAAGCUGAAAAGAAAGUAGUACAAAAGAAAAUUGAGUUAAAACCAUUUAAAGAAGGCGUAGGAAAAUAUAUAAACCCUAAAAUAUUAAAGAAGGAUAAAGAAGAUCCUUCAAAUGUGACAUUGACAAAGAAAAAGAAGAAAGAAGGAGCUUACAAUUUCGAUUUUAGUAAAUGGUAGAUUAUUUAUAAGACUUUUUGGUCAUGUAAAGAUUUAAUUUGUACAUUUUUGAGAAUAAAAAUAUUUUUAAAUAUAGAACGUCCUUUUUUAACAUAAGAUAACUAACAAAACAGGUUUAAAUAAGUUUUAACUG